AUGGGAUUUUUGCUGUGCUACAAUCAUGAUAAUGAGUUGGCAUUGUGGUUUUUCAUGGAUAGCAGCCGCCCAGGAACGGUUACUAAUUCUGUGCGUCACAAUUUGUCACUCAACAAAUGUUUUGAAAAAGUGCCGCGAGACAAGAACGAACGUGGGAAAGGUGGGUUUUGGCGCGUUAAUCCAAAACAUGCAGAUUGGCUGGAGGCCAAUCUGGCCAAAUGUCGCAAAGUUGCGCCACCACCAGGACCUCCGCCACCCAUGCCACGUUCUAUGCUGCUUCAACAACGACAGCAGAUUCAAGAACCUGGGUUGCUUGUCACCCCCACACAGCUUCCUACUUCCCUAGCUUCCUCCAUUUCCUCUCUAUCGUCCUCUCCGCAGUCGAUGAGCUCUGUUCCUUCUCCAGCCGGAAUAGUGACUAACCGUUUUCAAGCACCUCUCGGCCCCUUUCCCCAUUUGUUACCCGUUUCUACUAGUUAUGUACCAACUAUAUGCAUGUCGUCCGAGAAUGAAUUAUCCACUGGCCCACGAACAACUCUCCCCCUAAUUCAGCAAAGUCAGCUGCUUGCACAAAAUUCUCCAGUUCAUGCUCCAGUCCGGCGUCGAAAGAGUCCAUUAAAUGCAUGUAUACCACGUGGUUUGAAUGCAUGUUCGUUCAUGGACGAUGGAGAUAGUCGUACCAGUACACCAGAAAUAGAGUAUCACGCUGCGGAGUGCUCCAAGCGUAAACUCGCCUCAGAAAAUUGUAAAGAUAGUCCAGAGCUCAAAGCACGUAAGAGCCAUGGACUGGAUAGUUUCAUGCAUCAAUCGCAUAGUACCCGAAUGCAUAAAUCAUCACCAGAUCACUCCGGAUCAAAAUUCGAGCGUAUUGUCCGCGGAAGUCCACGUCAUCGUUAUUCGCGUUGGUCUCGUCCAAGAAACAAUCCAGAACGUGAUAAUAGCCCGACCUCGGUUCGCCCUAUUCAGCGUCGUGCCAUGCUUAACCGUCGCUCUAUGUCCGAGAGUGAAGAAAUUUCAGGUGAUGUAAAUCGAAAGAUCAGCCGCUAUCCUCAACUGCCAUGCUUGAAUGAAGACGGUGAGGAUAGCGAUAACACAUGGCCUCCACAUGGUCAGAGUGCGAGCAGUAAGAGAUCAGAUAGUCCAGAUACUACCUACAGUAUUCACACAUGCACGGGGGAUCAACUGCGUGGGACUUUGAAUAAGCUGAGCGAGGUUGUCGAAGCAAACUCCCUCACUCCACCUUAUGUUCCGGCCGGGUUAGCUCCGGGUCGCUCUUGCUGUCCAGGAUCAUUACCAAGAGAAUCCAAUUCAUCGGCGGCCUCAUCGUCUUCACUCGGCUCUGCCUUUUCCAGUUUGUCCUCCGCCCCUGGAUCUGACGGUCAUCUGUAUCACAGUGUUUCAACUACCUAUCAACGAAAUCCAUCACAUGUUGAAACUCAGUCCUCUCAAUUGUUUGACUCAACAACACGCUCAAAUAAUAUGGUUCAGUUCAGUCGCCUCUAUCCAACCUCUGGUGAAGCGGAAUCAUAUUUGGGUGCCUCACCAGACAGACUAAGGAUGCCUAAAUGGGCUGCGGUAUUCUUGCCAGAGGGAGAAGAAAGUGAAUUAGAACCGCUGUACAACAGUUGCACCCAAUCUUCAGAGAGAGAUGCCAUGAAUUUCUUUGACAAUUUGGAUGCCACCGAGGAUCAUUUAAUUAGCCUUUCUAAUCGUGGAGACCACAUUAAUAGCUUGACUCCAAAUGAUGAACCAUCCACGAGUGCUGGUGACUUACACGCACACCAACGUGAUUUGAACGGUAUGGAUCAUUCAAUUAUUGCAGUCACCGUGUCAGGCAACAUCUCUGGAGAGCAUGACCCUGGUAAUCCUGAUGAUACUUCCCAGAUGGCCGGAUCGGAAGGUCGUUCACAAGCUCGAUUUCUUGCUGCCAGCAGUCCACUACUGGAAGAGUUUGAAUUGGAUUCUAGUAGUUUAGAUUUUGAAGCACUCACCAGUCUAGUGGAAUCAAGUGGACCGAUUCCGUUGGACUUAGAUUUAGCUCUGACAGCAAACUUCGGAACUAAUUACUCUACCUAUUCAAGUGACUCAGCUCUGGGCAGUUCUGAACAAGGCCAAAUUGAUUUAAACCAUGCAACGAAAAAUCCCGGAGCCAGUCCUUGGCCAAACAUGUCUACAGUAGGGGAUGGGUUAGAUCAUUCGUGGUUUGUGGACUCUAUGGGCUAUUCUGGUUCUUGCUGCCUCUCCGCCAUUAUCGACGAGAACGAUGGUCAACCGUCUCGUCAAACAGAAGCGAAUAGGUUAAAUACUCCCCCUUCAUAA